AGGGGACGGACAUCGCUGCACACACUGCCCGUGAACUCGUCCUCUGUGACGGAAGCUGCCGUCCAGCGGGUUGUUCUCUCUGUGACACGGUUCGAACACCGAGACGUUUAUUUAUCAGGCAGCUAAAGGUCAAAGGUUAAAGAUGUCGUCCAGGGGGACACCCAGCCGCUUCCUGGCGAGUGUUCUCCGGAACGGGGUCGGUCGCUACGUGUCGCAGCUGAAGCGGAUCUCCAUCGUCUUCUCCAGAAACGCGCAGAGCUCGUUGGGAGUCAGGGACUUCAUCGAGGAGGGGGUGGUGGAUUAUGCGAAGAGGAACCCGGGGACUGUCGUGUACGUGUCUCCUCAGUCCUGCAGGAUCCCCAAGAUAGUCGCAGAGUACCUAAAUGGCAACGUGAGGGAAGAAAUUGUCACCAGCAAAUCGUCUCCGCAGAUUUCCGAGCUCCUGACCAAACUGACGAAUCAGUCCGGCCUGGAAAUCAUACGCAUCCGCAAGCCCUUCCACACGGACAACCCCAGCAUCCAGGGCCAGUGGCACCCAUUCACCAACCGGCCCCCGUCCAUCGGCCCCAUCAGGCCACACAAGCAGGACGCUGUGUAAAGGUUUUCCAGCUGUUUCAGUUCAUCUUGAGAUGUUUUGUCCGCACGGCUCUAGUAGUUCUCGUGUUCGCAGAAGUUUCCAGUGAAGUAUUUGGAACAUUUCUCGAGAAGACCUCACUACUGACUUACCAUGUUUUAGCCGUGUCCUUCAGCUGGCGGCAGCAGAGAAGAACACGCGUGGCUCUGAAUGCCACGCUUGAAUAGACUCCACAUGAAUCCACCGGACGCUUAUUCAAAAGCAGAUAACUGGAGAGCAGAUGCAACUAUGUAUGAAAUAAAAGUAAAUUGUGGUA